AUGAUGUUAGAAGCAACUGAUAUAGACUAUUUAAAGACUUUAAACAUGAAUUAUAACAUAUCUGAAAGUUCUUCUUCUAUAGGACCAAUUAAAUAUGAUACUACUGCCACCUGUAAGUCAUCUGAAAACUUGUCAGAGAUUAUUAACACUGAUGCAAAAAGUAAUUUAUUUAAUGAAAAAAAAAAUUUGGUCAACCAAAUUAUGUUGAUUUGA